AGUGAGCGAGAAAAAAGGAAAAUGGCCGACGCCAAAGGAAAAGGAAGAAAUCCGAGGGUACGCGAAGCAAGUGUGCUGCGUAGAAGAGGUUACCCGUAGUGUGGUGAGGCUGCAAAAUAAGCAGUACAACCCAGAGCAUGUACAAGCUCAAGCCGAUACUCGCGCUACCGGAGCAGAUUCCGCUGCCGAAGGUCAUGUACGAGCUCCCAAAGAUCCAGGGCGUCUCGAGCGCGGUGCCCUCGAACAUCACCGUUGAAUACAACCAUCAGACACAACUACCAGAAUUCAAGUUCUUGGAAUCUCGACAAUUGCAAAUAUUGGAACAACUUCGUCAACUAAAAGAACAACUUGAUGGCCUUUUUAUUUCUAUAGGGCAGUCCGAUGUCAAUAAAGUCUCUAAAUCUACGAAUUCUAACGUCAAUAAAGUCUCUAAAUCUACGAAUUCUAAUGUCAAUAAAGUCUCUAAAUCUACGAAUUCUAAUGUCAAUAAGCAAUCAGUUCAGGCAGAAUUAAUUUUGUAUGCUAAUCCAUUCAGUCGUCCGUACAUAUUGAUAGCACUACAGAAAAUUUGGACAGAUACCAAUUUCAAUGUAAAAUACUAUUGUCACUCUUCAAUCUCUAAUGAUGAAACAUAUUACUUUGAAAAACAAUUAUUUAGUAUGUUAAAUGAUAAUGCUAUUCACAGUAUAGACAUUACACUUAUAUGGAAAGAUGUUAGAGAUGUUCAACUUGUAACAAAAGCAUAUGAUUAUCCAUUAGAGGGUGAGGCUAAUGUUUUGAGGUAUUUUACCAGAUUGAUAGCAAGUUAUAAUUAUGAAGAUUUAGAAAAGUCUUAUUUAAUAGACCAUGUACUAGAUCUUUGCCUUCAACUUUCUUGUGAAGAAGUUGAAGAUGUAGAACCCAUUGCAAAAAAAAUUGCCAAUCAUUUAGGUAAAACUUCAUGGUUCUUGAAUUUCACUGAGGCAUCACCUGUAGAUGGAAUUGUUUGGUCAACAACAAAACGCUUUUUGCAAUAUAGAGUCCCACCUGAAUUAGAUAAUUGGUUUAAGUCGUGUGAAAAAUUGUUUUUAUGUUGUUAAUUUUUUCUGUACUAUAUUAAUAAACUUAUUAUCUUUGUACAUUUGACUGUAAAC